GCGAGGAUUCGAAACCCACUAAUAAGAUCGUUGGGUAUAGCGUACGGAGCACGAAUAGGACAAAGCGUUUGCGAAGGUAACCGUGAUGGUGCUGCUGGUGAGCUGGUGGUAUUGUUACCGAUACUACUGCGGCUGGUGUUGUUGCACUUGACGACGAGUUGAGAAGUAAGCGCGAUCUGACGAUGCGUUCGCGUGUAUUCGGUGAUAUUCAUGUUGAAUUCGCGCACGGUGACGUUUGUGUUUACGAUAAAAUUUAAAUGCUUCGCGACGGGGUGUACACAUACACGAGUGCGCAUUACUGACGAGAGGACACGCGUAGGAAAAUCUCGCACACAAAGGAGAGAACGGGCCGAUGUUGUAACGCACGUGCCAAAAUGGAUGAGCAAAGCGUUCACGGCGGUAUCGGCGAUAUAAAUAGUGCGGUGGUGGCUAAAGCCUUAAUUAUACCACGCAAAAAGCGAAUAUGCUUAGUUGGCGGGGCCUGCAAUGAACCUACACUUAAUCAUGCUGCUCUGCAGUUUAAAGUAUCUGUGCUCAAGUCGGAAACCGGUGCGGAAUAUGUCGAAGACACUAGUUAUCAUACUUACUUUGUACUCAAGCAAUUUGAAGGACCCGAGUUUGAUGCUUUAUGUAAAAGCGCUCAUAGAAUACUGGGACCCACAGCUUUGCUGCAACUGGCAGACAAGAAAGAUUCUCUGCCUAGUAUCAAACGACCAUUGUACACACAAGCUAUGGUAGGCACAGUAGUGGUGUUCAGCGGAUUUCGAACUAAAGAAGAUGAACUGCGCAAAUUAGCCAAUAUGAUUCUUAAUAUGGGAGGUAGCAUCCGUAAAGAGAUGGGUAUUAAAGUGACGCAUCUCAUUGCAAAUCAUUGCAGUGGAGAGAAGUAUAGAUAUGCCGACACAUUUGGAUUGCCUAUUAUGUCAGUAGAAUGGGUGAUAGCGUUAUGGAAUGCCAAAGAUGAUGUUUCUAGUUGUGCGAAAAAAUUAAUAACAACUUACAAGCUAAAGCCAUUUUAUGGGGCAAAAGUGUGUUUCUUUGGCUUUCCUGAGGAAGAGAAGAAACAUAUGUGUGAAGUUCUGGAGCAACAAGGUGGUGAAUCUACUGAAAUAGAUAAUCCAAAUUGCACUCAUGUGGUGGUAGACGUAGCUGGUCAUUUCUACAAGAAAUCCAACAACAUAAUCGACAAGUUAUCGUAUCUGAAAACUCCAUCUAGUCUUCGUCCGCUUUUCUUAACGUAUUAUAAGCCAAUUUCUUCUCCUCUUUAUAAUCCUUGUUCAAAUUCGCUUUUCAUUCCGAUAAAAACACGUACUAAAUACAAUGAUAUAUCAGGCAAUGGAAGUAUAGAUUUUAUAGAAACACAGGAUUGCUAUUUUUUAUCAAAAAGUAUUUCGUUUAUGUUGCAAAUGCUUGAUGUAGAUAAUAGUAAGUGGACUGAUCUCAUUCCUAAUAAUAACAACCAAGAUUCUGCUAUUCAUGCCAGCAUGAAUGAUAAUUGUCCUGAUUUGCAAAAUCCACUCAUUAAAUCUGACAAUAUGCAUUAUCAUUUUGUAGAGCAAAGUGAUUCUGGUAUAGAUAUAAACAAGUUGUCUAAUAUAUCCGAUGCCUUUUCUAUGUCAGAUAAAUGUUCGACAUUAACAAUGAUAAGCGAUAAAAAGAUUAAAUUCAGUAUUUCCAAAAGUUCUUUAUUCAGUAGCAAUCGCUCUCUUUCUAAGGUUACGUCAAAUUUUCCAAUAAAAUCCGAUGAUUUGAAAGUUUCUAAAUCUUUUGAAAAAAAUAAUGCACAUAACGUUUCCAUACCAACAAUGAAUAACAACGCACUGUCUCUGAAAUAUCGUAAAAAUAUUCACUAUAUACAGAAUAAUACUUCAGUAACUAAAAGAAUUGUAACUCCAAAACAAUACAUAAAAUGGAGGAAAACUAAUUCUUACACAUCCGUUCAUAAAAUGGCGACAUUUGAAAAAUAUAAGUUCAUGAAAACACGUUCGUACCCGAACAUAUUGAAACAUUAUGAAGAACAAUAUAGCGAUACGUUUUUAUAUAAUGCAUCAGGCGAAAAGACUAAAUAUUUGUCUAAAUCUUAUACAUCCAUUUUUUCAAAAAUUACUAAUUUCUCUUUUUGCUCUACAUUUCCUGCUACUAAACAAGAUAUUUUUAACGACUCAUAUUAUCCGUCUCCUGAGAAAAUUAUGUUCAAAAAGAAAUAUACAUCCUUAUCCAAGUCUUUCCCAAUAUCUAUAAAGACUUUAAACACCAAACGCAACUUGAGGAAUGCUUUUGCCUCUAAUGGGAAGAAUUACAAUGCUGCACCUGCAUCAGAUGAUACGAAAAUUGACUCCACAGAUUUGAGAACACAGGACAAAUCAUUACUCGCGGUUGUAGAUGAGUCCAAUGUAAAUGUACUACCAAACUUGGGUUCGGUCUCAGCUUUCAUAGUCAAAACUGGGUGGUUUUGGACAUCUGUACAAAAUGAAGCAGCAGCUGACGAGAAAGACUAUUUGUUUGAACACUAUCUAGAAACAGUUCUGUCUCCCAGUGCAUCUAGCAGACGGGACAGUCAGCAAAUUGCAGGACAAAGUGUAGCAUUACCGAGGCAUCCUUACUGGUUAGGUACUCCAUUAUCUAAUCUAUUGCAGAAUGGAGCAGAUUCACCAGCAAGUGUCAGUGGAAGUUUUUUGGACUGUACAGCAAGUCCUGAUAAAUUGCUGGAAGAUAUUCCAGAAGUAGAAGCUGUCGAUAUAAAAAAGGUCAGGGGAAAUUUGUCAAAACGUCACCAAGUUUUUCUUGAAUUAGUAGAGACUGAAUCCAAUUAUGUGGGUAUUCUUAACACAAUCAUGACGCUGUUUAAGUUACCAUUAGAAAAUCUUAUUGGGAAGAAUGGGAAAGAAUUAUUAAAUAGUACAGAAGCCAGAAUAAUAUUUGGAAAUUUUCCUCCCAUUUAUGACGUUCACAAACAGUUGUUGGAGUCACUUCGUUAUAGUGCUGCACAUUGGACAGAGGACAUUAGUAUCGGAAAAAUAUUUCUAAAGUUUGAGCCAGAUUUGGUUAAAGCAUACCCGCCAUAUGUUAACUUCUUCGAGAAUACAAAACAAAUGUUAGAUCAGUGUGAUCAAAACAAACCACGAUUUCAUGCCUUUUUGAAAAACUGUCAGACGAUACCGGAAUGUGGUAGACAAAGUUUGAAAGAGCUUUUAAUUAAACCAGUACAAAGGUUACCCAGUAUUAAUUUAUUGUUAAACGAUAUUCUUAAACAUACCGACAAAAGUAAUCCAGAUUAUAGCGCACUGGAAGCUUCUAUUAGCUGUAUUAAGAAUGUCAUGACUUAUAUAAAUGAAGAUAAAAGGAAAACAGAGCGCCAGUUAGCAAUGUUCGAUAUUUUCAAUGAGAUUGAUAAUUGCCCACCGCAUUUAGUUUCCUCGCACAGAUCAUUCGUCGCCAAAUGUGAUGUAAUGGAGCUUACAGAAGGUCUUAGUGGACGGGGCGAUCAUUUAGUACUGUUUCUAUUUACCGAUACUCUUGAAAUCUGCAAGAAGAGAUCAAAAGCUUUUAAUUCGCUAAAAAGUCCCAACACAAUGAAUGGUUUGCAGUCGAGUAAAUUAAGUCAAGGAAAGCCAUAUAAGCACAUAAAACUGCUAUCACUAAAUACUAUACGAAAAGUGGUGGAUAUACGGGAAACUGAAGAAUGUCAUAAAGUAUUUGCUCUUGUUGUACGAAGUAAUCAAGAAUUAAAGGAGAAAUUGUUCUCGUUUGUUAUUACCGACGAAGAAGUGAAUAAAACGAAUUAUUUGCGAACUUUGUGCAGACAAAUGGCCAUCGCUGUUUGUGUAGCUGAUGCGGAUACAUUACUUAUUAGCCACGAUUCACAUCAGUUUGAAAUCGAUACUAGCGAUAUAGCAUCAGGAACACUAAAGAAAACAAUUAAGAGCCUCUUUCAUAAUUUUUACCUGGAGUAUAUGGAUCCGUAUGUGUUCCUACUCAAUAGCAUGUGUGAAACUACGUUACAUGUCCCACUACCAUUUGCAUCUCGUACAAGAGCGAGAGUUGGCAGAGCUUUUAGUUUCAAUAAAACUCCAAGUAAAUUAAAUAGAGCAAUGUCUACAAUUAUGUCACCAUUUGGAGUGCCACAACAUCUUGCUCCAACAAAUCAACAAAGAAAUCAGAUGCGGCUAGGCAGCUGCAGCAAUAUCAAUCUGUGUUAGGAAUCACGAGUUGGAUAAUGAUGGUUCAAGUUCUCCAACUAGAGACGACGUUAUUGUAGCACCGAUGUCGGAUCAACCGACUCGAAAGGCUCUCAGUAUGGCUUCGCUGCGAAGGUUGUAAUUAGUAUGCAAGAAGUCAUACUUUCAUUUUGCUACAGUUGUAUAGUAUUCUGAGAGACGUGCAUUUGUAACAAACUACUGUGGUAUGUUAAACUAAUAUAAAUAUAUAAAUAUAUACACACACACACACACACAUAGUCUAUAUAUUGACAUAUAUAAAGAUGUUAAUUAUGACUAAAGACAGUCUCGAGAAAGGGGCGCAACAUAACACAUCUCUGCAAUUUAACCCCGAAUAAUAACAAUCGAGAAAAUUCAAUAUAAUUUUCCGAAUAAUGUCUUGUGUCCUUAAAUGCAUCAGCAUAGGAACGAUAUUGUUAUUAGUGCCAAUAAUACCUAGUUAUUAUUGUAUAACUAUUAUUAACAUUUAUAUUUAUUUUAUGUAAUAUUGUAAUUAUUGUACAUGUUUAUUUUUAGUUUACGCACACAUUCGCCAGCAAAAUGCAUGAUUUCCUUGUACUGUUUCACAUAUAUCUAUCUAAUGUCAAACAUUAGAUAGACAAAAUCUUUGUAAUAUAACGGACUAUUGCCGCUUAAUAGAAAUAUACUAGCACCUCGCCGAAUUAGUAAUUUUCGUCGUUUUAGAUAUGUCGUAGUGAAUGAGGAGAUAUUUGUUCACUUGUCUCCUAAUCACUCUAAAAAACGGAACUGACGAACUGUACACAAAGUGUACAUAUAUUUUGUACGUUAGGAAAAGCAAACGGCAUUAUUCAUUGUUUCAUUUAACCCUCGCAAUACUGACGGUUCCAGCAACAGAUUCCGCACAGAUUACGGUACCUGGGUCAGUCCGAACCUCAUUUAGCGAGGGUUAAAUAAUGUGUCCCAGUGCACUCCCCGGUCACAAUCCCCGAUGUCUCCAAUACACAGAGAACACGUGUUCCUUUAAGAAUGGAUCUAGCAAAUACGUCUAGUCAUAGCAUAGAAGAAAACAAAGGAUUGCUGUCUGAUAAUUCUUGUUUUUUUCUAUGCUACUGACAUUAGAGAUUUGUGCAAUUUUAUUGUUUCAUUAUUUUUCUUGUUUCUGUUUCUCUAUUCAUUAGAAUUUGUUCUACGGGGGUCAUACAAAGGAGGUCCGAUCUUUGAACAGCAAAGCAAAAUUAUUACGCGCUACUACCACUUCGUCUUUAUUGUUAUCGAUAUCUGCCGGAGAUAUGGAUCUUUCUGUGAAGCUGAUAAAAAAUCCAAGUUUUUUCUUACAAAUAAAAUCAAGUUUCUAGGAGAACCGUGUCUUGUGCGCAUAUUUAAAUUCAAACAUGAAAUCGUCCGUCGAUUAUUUAAUAAUUUGUAAUUUGUUAUACUUGUCAAAAAAAAUGUGACAAUGCACAACUAUAUCCAUUCAAUAACGAAACUAUAUCGCCAAUUGCUAUGAAUUUAAUGGUUCAUUCUGACAAUACUGUAUUCAGUGACUUCCGAUCCGACCGAUCCGAUUUAUCACAGAGUGAUAAUUUAUUACUGUUUUACACCUCGACAAAAUUUAAUAUGAGAAUUGCAAAAGAAUAACUGAGAAUCAAGUUCCGCGAUUUUGCAAUAUUGUAUAGGGAACAAAGACAGACAUCACGAAAUCCUACGAGUAUUUGUUAUUGUAUGAAAAAAAUUAAAAAUCCCGGUGUCAAAUAUACUAUAACGAUAAUAAGAUACUGUAAGCUGCUCUAUACAUACAUACACAUUAGCAUUUCUUUGAUAGUCCGUUAUUUUAAAACAGGCUCUGAAGUUUAUUUCUUAAUUGAGUCAUAAUAAUAUGAAGUAAAAGGAGGUUACAUAUUUAGUUUAUUUGCAAAAUAAUCAAUUGUUAUAUGUACUCGGUGAAAGAUCUUAUAGGCGUAAUUUUUGUUUCUUUUUCUUUCGUUUUUUUUUUUUCGCAGUCUUCUCGCUUUUGUUUACUCGAUCAAUAUAUUCCGUGUCUUUGAUUUGUUCCUAAGAAAUUGCUGUAACAUCAUUUUUAAAUUGAUACGAUAAAGCUAAGGACCAAGCUUUAACGUUUUGCAACAUUUUGUACUAACGGCGAACUUCGUCUUUUAUAUACGUCUUAUCGCUAGGAUAUAAGAGAAAGAGAUCCCGCGGCAUGAUGUAUCGGUAAAUGUAUUUUUAGAGCAUAGUAUGUAUUGAUUGAUUGAAGAGAAGCAGUGCGAGAGUCACGAGGGACUGCAGAGAAAAUAAAUAGAAUGCAAUGGAAAAUUUUGGUUGCCGCUUAUAAGGCCUUACAGCCUGAUGCAGGUUUACAUUACCGAUCAAGAGUGUAUUCUUCCUUCUCUCUUCUUACGAUAAAUGUAAUUAGUGCCUUGUGUGAUUGGAAGUGCGGACGGAGUUUGUAUUAUAUGAUAGUGUGUACAUUGUGAAUGUGAAUUAACGCGUGAUUCGUACAAGAAGCGUGAAUUAGCGGCGUGUAUUUGUCUCGCGAUUUGCCGAAGUCUCCGAUAGUAUUCUGUGCCCGAUACCCGCCAUACGUGUUAGAUACUUAAGAUUACUACUUGUCGACAUGGCUAUAUUUGCUUUCGAAACGGUGACACGGUACUUUGUACUUGUUUGUGACAGAGCGUAUCUUGUAACAACGAAACAGUGCUUCUUGCGGAUGCCAUUGAAUAGACAAUACCUACUCAAAGUAAGUAUUGUUUAUUCGCAAUUGUUAAAAUGAGAGCCGUCGGGCAAAAUAGUAGCGUAAAUCUCGUUUUCGUACGUUGAAAAGAGAAUAGACUCCGUUUAACGAGACAUAAAAUCUUACAUCGAAUAUAGAUUGUUGCGCUGUUCACAGACGAGGAUAACAACGAUUUGACUCUAUUAUUCUGUCAUACGGCUCAAGUUGAAACCAGUGAAAGUUCGAUAUUAAUAAAUGUCCACUCGGACGUUCGUCUCGUGUAUAGACACCGAUAUAAUCGUCGAUCCAAGAGAUCGCUAAAAUCGGCAGUGCAACCGCACAGAGAACACUUCGAUCGUCUAAUGCGCCUUGCACGUGAUCAGUUCUGAGUGUUAUUUUUUUCUCCUAUCUCGAAGAGUAUUAGUCAAAGAGAUGUAGCACGAGAGAGAGAAAGAGAGAGAGAGGGGCAGAGCUGUGUAGUUAUAUGCGCCGAGACGAAAGUGUCUCUGAGUUAUCACAAACGUAUUGUAAAUAAUAAAGUUAAGUACCUAAGAUAGUAAAACGCAUCGUAAUAUAGGCGACACAUUUUGUACUACACGCGUAAGGUUAUCGUAAUAUCACCUUUCCGCGUAGCGUUAUUAUUUAUAUUAUACUGUAAGUGAAUGUAUAAAUCUAAUCUUUAUUAUGUAAAGCCAAAAACCGCACAGACACAGACACAAUACACAUACAUACACGGAA